CGCCAUAAAGCUGCGCCGCGCUCCUGCAUCAGUUGUGAUUAGGCUGAAUAAAGGACAAAUACACACAAAAAAGUCGUUAAAGUGACUUAGAUCCACGUGACACUAUUAUAAAGAUGGAGUUUACUAAAGAGGAGAGUGAAGACUUUAGGAUUGAAGAAACAUUCAGUGUGAAACAAGAAGAAACUGAGGAACAAACAAAGGAGUUUAUUAAAGAAGAGAGUGAAGACAUGAAAGAUGAAGAAAUAUUCAGUGUGAAACAAGAAGAAACUGAGGAACAAAUAGACCUGAUGGCACUGAAAGAGGAGAGUGAAGUACUAAAAGAAGAGAGUGAAGUAUUGCAUGAAAUGGAAGAGAAAGGUCAAUAUAACAAUCUUCAUGAUUUCAUUACUGGAGAAAAAUCUUUUAGUCGCUCACAGACAGAAAACAUACCCUCACGAAAAAUAGGUCAAAAGACUGGUACUAGAACUCAUUUCACCUGCAAACUGUGUGGAAAGAGUUUCAGCACAAAGCGAAACCUUAAAGUCCACAUGAAAAUUCACAUUGGAAAGAAGCCUUACACCUGCUCUCAGUGUGGAAAGAGUUUCAAACAGAAAGGAAAUUUUAAAGUCCACAUAAGAAUUCACUCUGGAGAGAACCUAUACACUUGCCUUCAGUGUGGAAAGAGUUUUAAACAGAAAGGACACUUUGAAGACCACAAAAGAAUUCAUACUGGAGAGAAGCCGUUCACCUGUCAACAGUGUGGAAAAAGAUUCAGCCAAAAAGGAAACCUUAACAAGCACAUGAAUAUUCACAAUGGAGAGAUGCCAACUCUGUCCACACAUAAAUUUGAUCAACAUGAAAACCUCAAAGUCCACAUCAGAGUUCACACUGGAGAGAAGCCUUUCAUCUGCCAACAGUGUGGGAAAAGUUACACUCUAAAAGAAAGCCUUACAAGGCACAUAAGAAUUCACACCAGAGAGAAGCCUUACACCUGCCAACAGUGUGGAAAAAAUUUCAGACAAAAACAGAACCUUGACAGGCACAUGAACAUUCACACAGGAGAGAACUCCUACAAAUGCCUUCAGUGUGGAAAGGCUUUCAAUCGUGAAGAACACUUUGAAAACCACAAAAGAAUUCACACUGGAGAGAAGCCGUUCACCUGUCAACAGUGUGGAAGAAGUUUUGGAUUAAAACAGAACCUUGACAGGCACACGAACAUUCACUCUGGAGAAAACCCCUACACAUGCCUUCAGUGUGGAAAGAGUUUCAAUUGUAAAGGUCAGUUGGAAAACCAUGAAAGAACUCACACUGGAGAUACGCCAUUUGACUGCCAACAGUGUGGAAAAGGUUUCCGACAAAAAAGGAACCUUUACAAGCACAUGAGCAUUCACACUGGAGAGAACACCUACACAUGCCUUCAGUGUGGAAAGAGUUUCAAUCAUAAAGAACACUUUCAAGACCACAUAAGAAUUCACUCUGAAGAGAACCUCUACACAUGCCUUCAGUCCUUCAGUGUGGAAACAGUUUCAAACGUAAAGCAAACUUUAAAGACCACAUGAGAAUACACACUGGAGAGAAGCCUUAUACCUGCUCUCAGUGUGGAAAGAGUUUCAAACAGAAAGGAAAUUUUAAAGUCCACAUAAGAAUUCACUCUGGAGAGAACUUAUACACAUGCCUUCAGUGUGGACAGAGUUUCAAACAGAAAGAAGACUUUGAAGACCACAAAAGAAUUCACACUAGAGAGACGCCGUUCACCUGUCAACAGUGUGGAGAAAGUUUCAGCCAAAAAGAAAACCUUAACAAGCACAUGAAUAUUCACAAUGGAGAGAUGCCAUUUAUGUGUGGACAUAGUUUUGAUAUACAUGAAAACCUUAAAGUCCACAUUAAAAUUCACACUGGAGAGAAGCCUUUCAUCUGCAAACAUUGUGGAAAAAGUUACACUCUAAAAGAAAGCCUUAAAAGGCACAUACGAAUUCACACCAGAGAGAAGCCUUACAACUGCCAACAGUGUGGAAAGAGUUUCAUUCAGAAAGGACACUUUGAAGACCACAUGAGAAUUCACACUGGAGAGAAGCCAUUCACCUGUCAACAGUGUGGGAAAAGUUUCAGACAAAAACAGAACCUUGACAGGCACAUGACCAUUUACACAGGAGGGAAACCCUACACAUGCCUUCUCUGUGGAAAGAGUUUCAAACAGAAGGGACAUUUUGUAGACCACAAAAGAAUUCACACUGGAGAGAAGCCAUUCGCCUGCCAACAGUGUGGAAGAAGUUUUGGAAGAAAACAGAGCCUUGAGAGGCACAUAAAAAAAUCACACUAGAGAGAACUCCUACAAAUGCCUUCAGUGUGGAAAGAGUUUCAAUCAUAAAGGACACUUUCAAGACCACAUAAAAAUUCACUCUGAAGAGAAGCCUUACAUCUGCCAACAGUGUGGAAAAAGUUUCAUACAGAAAGGAAACCUUGACAGGCACAUGACCAUUCACACUAGAGAGAAUCCUGAAAGCAUUUCAGAUAUAAAGAAACCUUGAAGUACCACAUAAGGAUUCAUGUAGCAGAGAACUGUUUUCUAUGUCUUCAUUGUGGAAUUUCAAAGACAUGAAUCACAUUAGGAAUCAUGUAAGAACUCACCAGAGAGAAGCUUUUCAUCACUGUGGAAAGAAACAAAGCAAACCUUGAGGUUCAAAUAAGUGUCCCAGUUAUACCUGAUAUACACUGUCUUAUGCCUGGCUCACACUACAGGAGUUUUAAAAACUUAUCCGAUUGUAAAAUCUGGUUGCAGCACACACUUCAGGAGAAUCUUUGCAGAUUUUCUUCCCUCAAAUCUUAAACAUGCUCACGCUACAAGAUUUGAAAUUCGCGGAGCAUCACACACUACAAAAUGUUAUUAAGAUUAUCUGCCAGAGGAAGCGCGUCACGUGAUCUACGCAGCAGAUCGAAAGCGGAUGUAAACAAAAUGGAUACUGAAACAUGGAAACUUGCUGUAGCAAUAAUAAUCGUUUGUUGUGAGAAAACACAAAAGCGGAAGAAUAAACGAGUGUGGAUGAAAAAAUGGUUGAGGAGACGGGCUCAACGUGGAUUGUCAGUUCUUCAGCGAGAAAUGGAGGACAAACACAGAAAACCUCCUGUUGAAGUAACUAAGAUAUAUGUGACACUAUUAUAAAGAUGGAGUUUAUUAAAGAGGAGAGUGAAGACAUAAAGAUGGAGUUUAUUAAAGAGGAGAGUGAAGACAUGAGGAUUGAAGCAACAUUCACAGUGAAACAAGAAGAAACGGAGGAACAAACAGGUUGGUUUCAUUUUCAGAACUCAGUCAUUUCAUCCUUACCAUCAAUAUGAUAAUUGUACAUGUUCAUACCAUGAUCUACCGCCAUAUUGUUAACCCUAGAAACAAAGCAACAGAAAGCAAUAUGGGUCUUCCUCAGAUGUAAUGUUUGUUCAGGGGUUGGGGGAAUAACAUAUGCUUUGCGGUCAAAAAAGCUGCUCUCAUGUAGCCUACACAGGAAGGGAAACCACUUCAACAAGACAUUGAAUUAAAUGUAAACACAGCUUUUGUCUCAAUCAGCUUUUCAGCUGGCCCUGAUAAUGAUAACAUACUGCUUGUUACAUUUCAGUGAAUCAGUUUUUGUGAAGGAAUUACUCUCUCUACCUGUUGCUCUGGUCAUCACAAACACCUGCUUAUAGGGCUGUCGCGAUAACCGCAAUAUUGUUAUACCGUGUUAUUGACAAGCCAACUGCAAUAUUUGCAAGUUUUCUAUUUUUUGAAAGGUUAUGACCUUCUCGUUUUACACUUCAUGCAUGUGUACUAAAUAUUAAAGGUGCCCUAGAAUCAAAAAUUGAAUUUACCUCUGCAUAAUCGAAUAACGAGUUCAGUACAUGGAAAAGACAUAAAUUGAGUUUCAAACUCCAUUGCUUCC